AUGGACUCGGAGCUAGCGAAGGUGAUGGCGGCGAGGAAGAGGCUGGAGGAGGAGGCAGAGAUGGUAGAUGCAGCCCUCAGCUCCUCCUCUCUCCCUGGAGUCUCUGCUGCUAAGGCAUUCUUCGAAAAGAAUGGUGAAAAUAGGCAUGGAAAGACGAAUCAUAUUGUUAAGAAGACCAAGUCCUUGCCGACGGGAGCAAAACCAAUCUUCUUCAAGGAUCAGGAUCAGGACAAGAGUCGUGAGCAGGCUUCCACUAAUAAGACUAUCCCUCUUCCUGUCAAAAGCGUUUCGGCUUCUCCACAAGAUCAUGGUGACGACAACUCGGCAUUGCCAAAACCAUCAUUUUCCAAUCAAGACGCGAGAAUGAAGAAAAAAGAGCCAAAGGUACAAGAAAGCAGCCCUGCCGUGGCGCAGGCAGAUCCAACUGUUGAUUCAAACUUUCCUCCCGAUAUCCAGUCAGCCCCAGGGUUUGGAGCAUACGCCAACCCCGAGAAAGCCAAGACAGCCAUGGCGACUGGCACAGACAUAGCGAGGAUGCGAAUGUCAAACUCUGACGACCUCUCGGCGCAUCUCGGAACAGGCAGCUUGUUUGCACGACCCACACCAGCUCAACUACUCAAGAGCGGUCAUGCGAACCAGAGCAAGACAAAACCGAACGUGGCUCCAAUGAUUCAGCCUGUGCUGUCACCUCAAGGCUCUCAGCACUCACCUCCAUCUGGCUCUCAGCAUUCGCCCCCAGCCCAGUCCUCAUCUUCGUUAUCUCCUGCCCUCCCCCAACAACAGCAAAAGAUCGUCCAGCCUCCCCCGAUCUCUUUUCCGAAGCCGGCCAGCACCACUCAAGGUCAACAGGUUCCACAAGCACAAACACUGAUUCCUGAUGCCUUGCAAAUCGGAAAACUCUACACCCUUGAGGAAGAGGGGGAGGAGGUCGAGGAAGAUGAGGAGGAGCCUGUGCAAACAAUGCAGCAAUCGACAUCAAGCUCCGCGAUGCUUCACAACAACGACAUGCUUCAAACUUCUGGCGAAUCUUCACUGGUCAGCAACUCGUCGAAUUCAAUCGACUUUGAAGCUCGCAAAAGUUUUGCAGCUCAAGCCAUCUCAAGUUUUCAAAUAUCCUCUCCAAUUUCGCAGGAGCAACUGAAGGACACCUCGCAUCCUACUCCUUUUGCAUCUUCUCAUCUCAAUCCUCUGCAGCCUCAGUCUCAGUCUCAGCCUCAGCCUCAGCCUCAGCCUCAGCCUCAGCCUCAGCCUCAGCCUCAGCCUCAGCCUCAGCCUCAGCCUCAGCCUCAGCCUCAGCCUCAGCCUCAGCCUCAGCCUCAGUCUCAGCCUCAGCCUCAGUCUCAGCCUCAUGUCCUAACUUCUUCAGCUUCUAAUCUUGCGGCUGCUGCUUCUGUCAAUGCUCACAUCAGUGCAGCCGUUACUACUCAGCUUCAUCCUAUUCAUGCUUCUUCUCCUCCUGACCCUGCACUUUCUGCUUCUACCUCUGUUGUCGCUACUCCUGCCGUGAAGACUGAUGGAGGUCUGGAAACCGCAAACCCCCCGAAGAAGCAAGGUUCGAUCGCAAAGAUAUUUUCGAGCGUGUUCAAGCAGAAGAAGGACAACCACGUACAAUCUGACAGGCUGGAAGACGAGCAGUCGACCGUGAACCCACAGCCUAUUCACGAGUUUAGAGAUGCUCACGGCCAAGAAUUGAGAAGCUCGUACGGAGACAACCUCUCCUUUGUCUCCUCUGAUCUCAUUAGCACUCAAAGCAACCACUUGGCGGCUCAAGAUUUGGUAGCGAAUCCUGCUGCACUGAAGGAGCAGGAGGCGGUGACCGCACCUGACAAGAUGCCCGGAAAUGUCGCGAUGCAGAUGCGACAAGAGUUUGGACAAGAGCCUUCGCCCCGUCAACAUACACCAUUUCGAGCAAACAUUCAAGAAAAACAUGGAAAUACAAACAAGCUGGAGAUUGCUGUCCAACGCUCCUCCUCCUCCUCCUCCUCCUCUUCCUCCUCCUCCUCCUCUCAUGAGACGGAGGUCUUGGAAUCAGAGGAUUUGAGAAGGUCGACAGAUCAAGUCUCGACAACCUCUUCGCUUUCCUCUCAGUCCCUGUCGAAGUCUCCGUUUGCCAGUCAAGGCAACCUCAACCCAUCUCUCGGCAAGAAGAUCGAUUGGAAGGCGCCGGCAUCUAAGAUUCGCAAACAAGACGAGGAGGCGUUAGAGCCUGUGCACGUGCAGGAGGAGAGGAACUGGCAGACUUUCGCGUCAGAGAGGAUGAAGGAACUGGCGGCGAAGGCAGACGAGGCUGAUCGGAAAGGAGUCAGCACAGUCAACUUUAAGGUUUUCCUCAACUCUCUUCCUCCUUCCCCCUCGCCCUGCUCGCUUUUCUCCUUCCUUCUCCUCUUCCUUUCCGCUCUUGUCGCUCAUCAAUGGUUUCAGAUCUCGACUUCCACCAACUCGGUGCUGCUCUGGCUCAAGGGGAUGGGGUUCGGCCAGUAUCGGGACAUGUUUGCCGUCAACAAGAUCGACGCAACGGAGCUGAUGGAACUGACAGACCUGGACCUCCUCGACAUGGGCAUGAAGAGUCAGACCAACCGCCUCAAGCUUCUCGGCCACAUAGCCGACCUCCGCGCCGCUCAGUCCAGCAAGCCCAUCCCUUCCGCCCCUCUCCCCAAUGUCUGGGUGGAGACCGAGAGAGACCGCCAGUGGCGAAAGGACGCGGCGCUGGUGGCGAGCAUGACGGAGUUUGAGCAGCGGCAGGGAUACGUGACGUGGAGGAGGUUCGAGGACAAGCGAUGGAGGAGCGGGUUUGGAGUCAUCCAGGGCUCCUCCCUCCACAUCUUCAAAGACUCCAAGUCGCUCCUUUCCUCUCCCUCCACCUCCGUCCUCCUCACAGGCAAGUUCGUCAGCCACUGCAGCUUCGCUCAGAACUGCAUCGUUGUGCAGGAGAGGAAGAGGAAGGAGAGCGACGGCGACCUUCUUCUUGUGGGGUUUGACGAGCUUGACAUCGACUCUUGGAUGCAGCACCUCAUUGCUGCCUCCAGUCUCCCGCAGUAUGCGAGGAAGGAGCUGGCUAAGGCUGCUCGGGCCCAGACGGAGGGACGAUGGGAGGAGCAGGUUGAGGCAAUGGUGGUUAACGUGGAGGUAGUGAUGGUGUCGCGACCCAAGAGAACGAAGCUAAAGCUGCACUGGACGGUCUUACCGUCCCUGAAGUCGCAGGACGGGAUGGCAGUCAAACAGUUUGACGCACUUGCAGUCAACGUGCAGGAGGAGGAGAAGAACCUCGACCUCUUCCUCGGCAUCGUCAACAAGCAGCUCGUGUUGAGCAGGAAGCUGCUCGUCGAGGCCGGUCGUGAUGCCUUCUUGAUGCUAGAGCUCCGGGGGGAGGGAGCAGAUGGGAGGACCAACAUAAGAGAGACCUUCUACUGGGCCGUCUUGGACCUGAACUUCAAGAGCUGCGAGCAUGCGAUCUCCGUCUUUAAGAAACCUGUCGGUCAUGACCUGCCUCGAUCCUCCAUGGACAGCUUGCCGAAGAAAAGAAACUCCAGCUUCCGCGUCUCCACUCAGGUCAAGAAGCCGCAAGGGAAGGCUGAGGCGGCGAGAGAGGCAGCAUGGAGUCUUCACGCUCAUGCCCUGAUAGACCAGGAGGUCAGUCGUGUCAGUCUUGACGGCCCCACAGAGAGGAUGCUGAGAGACGUCGUCCCCCUUAUCACAGACCCGGCGUUGGCUGUUCGCUUCCAAGAGGCCAUGAAAAGCCUUGCAAAGAUCAGCGGGGAGGAGGGAAAGAGCAGAGAGGUGGAGGAGAUCAACAGGCACGUACGCGCUGUCGUGGAGGCCGUCAGCAGGAUGCAGAAGGACUCUCCUCCUCCUCCUCCUCCUCCUCAGCCUCUCUCCUUGCCAACUUCUCUCCGCCCUCGUGACGUCAUCCCUCCAGCUGCGAAGCGAGACCAGGCCAGAGAGAAGAGCAAACCCGAAGCCCCUCGCUCAGCUCGCAGCUCGUCCAAGCGCGCGGCUGCUCCGAGCUCAGCUGCUGGGGUUGGGUCGCUUGAGGAGGAUGAGGCACGAGGUCCGAUAUCGCAACCGAAGUCGCAGAGGAGGAGGGAACAAAUGGGAUGGGUGAGGGUCCGCGUGGGUGCUGCUCACGAGCGAAAGGCGUGGAAGCGAAUGUACGCGGAGCUGCAAGCAAAUCUGUGGAAGACGAUCAAGCUGGAUAACGUGUUUGUGAAUGUUACGACGAGCAAGCAGGAGCACCUGGUGCAGUUGAAGAGAAAUAUUCUCGAAGACAGAUCCGACGACGUGGAGCUGGUUGCUGGGUCGUCACGGGGGCUGACAAAGGAGGAGGUGGCAGCAGCAGGGGUGAAGUUCACCUACACGGGAGGGAAGGGAGGGAAGAAGGAGGAAAGCGAGGAGGACGAGCGGACGGCAAACACGACCGACACGUUGUCAUCGUCCUCACAAGGAGAAGCCAAGUGGGCAUUCGACAACGCAAGUCAGGAGGAGGCGGACAGAGUCAGCGUGACCGCCUACAAGAUUGAAGUGACACACAUGGAAUGUCCAGCGUCAGAGCUCAAGGCCAUCUUGUCGCUCUCCAGACCUUGUCUUGUCGUCUCCGCCGUCGCUCGAGACAGCAGGGUGGACAUGAUCGAAGAGUUUCCGAUCUCAGCAAGGGCUGAGCUGGGAGGAGGACAACCCGCCAACUGCCUGACAAUCGACUACCAUGGGACUCACCAGAUUGCCGAUGACGUGGCAUUGACGCCUCACGUCAGCACCAAGGGCUGGGCUCGCGUCCCACUCUCCAUCGACUGCUCGGAGCUUCUUCGCAUCCCCAUGAAUGCCAAGCCAGUCAUAUACAACAAGGAUUUUGGGGGGAAAAUCCUCGAUGGGCAUGCGAUGCAUAUCAGGAUCAAUAGAAAAAAAUGA